AUUUGAAUUACCUUUAAAAUUCUUAUUGUUAUUGCCUAUGAGUAUAAAUGUCGACAGCACUUCCUUAUUUUACUGCGGGUUACACGCCGAACAUGCCACAGGUAUGUUGAGCAAUACUUAUUCUCAAUUUGCGAGUUCAACAAUGUAAAAAUUAUAUGCGAACAUGUUUAAAGUCGGCGGAAAGACCUGCACAGUCCCAAGGUUGCUAAUCGAACGAAACCGAAACAAAAAUCAAUCGAACCCAGUCGGUCGGAUUGUUGUUCGAACGUUCUAGUAUAAAUGUGAAGCAGUUUUUAAUUAACCUGGAGUUAACUAAAAUCUUUAUUGUUAAAGCGAUUCAAAAUCGAUAAAAUUCACAACUUUAUUGCUUUUUUGUCUUGAUAAGAUAACAGGCAGUACAAACUGCUUAACGACGGUAACACCUUCACAGCUGGACCGCUAUCUCCCCUUUUCUUCUUAACAACAAACUUUUUACUGACACAACAGGCGGCCCAGACUCUGUGGCAGUUCGUUAGACUUAUAGCCCACUAGUAGCGAAAAGUGCUGGCUUUUUGGUUGCAAACAAGGAUUAAAGUCUAGCUUUCACUAGCUUAAGUUGUUUUGUCUCGAUAAGCUACUGACUCAGAGCCCAUUCGGGCUCGGGGACUAAUUGCUAAUUAUUUAAGUAAGUUGCAAGGCACCACCAGGUGCUGCUGGGUUAGAGGUACAGUCCUUAGAUGUCACACACCAUGUUAACGUAGGAGUAAAAUUCCCAGGAUUGACAUACUCACAUGCUAUUAAUACUUUGUUUAUCAGGUACCAAGGCCUUAUAAAAGGCCUUAUUGGUGCAUGGAUUGCUCACCUUCAUCUUCAGAAUCUUGCUGGUCAGGAUUUACCUUUUCUGAAGGACACCAUGAGAUAAUUGCUUCUUUAAUUAAAUGCUCAAAUACAGAGGAACAAGGAAAUGCAGACUUUAAGAAAUGCUUGGACAAGCAUUCGGCGAAAAAAUGGCUUCACUCUAGCUGCGUUCCCUCUAAAAAGGGCAAACCUCGCUUCCCAUUAAUACAUUGGGUCUGUAUUCUUGGAAAGUACAGAGUCUUGGAGUAUCUUGUGAAAGAGAAAGGAUUUGACUUGUCAAAGAAAAUAGGUCGACACAAGGACGGGCCUUUGCAUUCUAUGAUUCGCUAUCUUGGCAGUAGCCUGAAUCCAAGAAGUUCUUCUGAGUAUGUUGGAAACAUUUUUCUUAACGUCUUUGCCAUAUUCCUGAAGUAUAUGCCUGAAGUGUUGUCAGAGAAAGAUGUGAAAUCACACGACACUUUGCUGCAUUUUUUGGCGAGACGUUGCAACAUGAACCCUUGUUCUCGACUAUAUUUAAAUGUUCUGUUGGUUAAGAUCAAAGAGACCUCUUGCAUACCACCAGAAAAAAAGGAUGAAAUCUUAUCAGCAGCAAACAAGAGGGGGGACACAUUUCUCCACCUCAUUGUUUCAGAUGACAGUUCUGCUAACACUGUUUUGUAUUUCGUUGAGAACUUUGGAAUAACUGCUCAGAGAUUGUCGAAAACCUGGAACACUCUUCACAAGACACCACGUCAAAUUGCAGUUGAAAGAAGGUGUCUUGCAAUGCUAAGGGCAUUAGGAGCACCAGAUGCAGUGUUUAAUAGUUUAUCCAGAAGUAUAACAACACAUAAAGAGGAAUAA